CUGAGGCGGGGGGGGGCGGAGGGGGGGCCUCGGGCCUUUUCCCCCUCGUCCGGUCCGAAUUUGGGGAGGGGGGGUCCCCAAGAGUGAAGAAGGGCCGAGGAGGCGGGUUCGGCGGCCGCCUGGAGCCCAGUCAGGUCGCCCGGUGGGCCUGAGCCGGUCUCCCAUGGCAUCCCAGCCCGAGAAGCCAGGCCUGAAUCCUUCACCCUCAGGCACCCGGAUGACGGGGCAAAAGAGGGGCGGCCGGAAGGGGUCGCCUGCCCCGCGGCCGAGCCCGGGUUUGGCUGAGGCCCGACGCAGAGGGCGAGCAAAGAAAUUGAGUCAAGUGUCUGAGCAAGAGCUGGUGACCAACCUGCAGGACCUAGACCUCGAGACCGAGUCAGAAAUACCCUCUGGGACAGGCCUAGUGCUGGAUGAGAGAAUGGGCAGCUUCCGCUGCCCCUGGGAUGACAGUUUCCCUGAACGUCCAGAACGCCUUCAGGCCGUGCAGCAACAGCUGUCCCGGGACUGUCUGCUUGAGCGCUGUAUCCCCAUCGAGGCCCAGCCAGCCACUCCCCAGGAGCUGCAGCUUGUUCACAGCCAGGAAUACGUGGACCUAAUGUCAUCCACCCCAGACAUGACUCAGAUGGAGCGUCGGGCCCUCUCGGACACCUAUGAUUCUGUGUACCUACACCCGAACUCGUUCCCUUGUGCCCUCCUGGCUACCGGGGCACUGCUUCGGCUGGUGGACGCCCUCAUGGGAGGCGAUAUCCGAAAUGGACUAGCUCUUGUCAGGCCUCCUGGCCAUCAUGCCCAACGUGACAGCAUGAACGGCUACUGCAUGUUCAACAACGUGGCCAUUGCCGCCCGUUACGCCCAGAAAAAGCACCAUGUCCCACGGGUACUCAUUGUGGAUUGGGAUGUCCACCACGGGCAAGGCACACAGUUCAUCUUCGAGCAGGACCCCAGCGUCCUCUACUUCUCUGUUCACCGCUACGAACAGGGCCGAUUCUGGCCCCACCUAAAAGCUUCUGACUGGCGGGCAACGGGCAAUGGCAAGGGUCAGGGAUACACAGUCAACGUGCCUUGGAACCAGGUGGGGAUGAGGGAUGGGGAUUACAUCAGCUCCUUCUUACAUGUGCUGCUGCCCAUCGCUCUGGAGUUUCAGCCCGAGAUCGUCCUGGUGGCCGCUGGCUUUGAUGCUGUUCUGGAGGACCCCAAGGGAGAGAUGGCAGUCACUCCAGGGGGGUUUGCCCACCUCACUCACUUGCUCAUGAGUCUGGCUAAGGGAAGGCUGAUUCUGUCUCUUGAGGGUGGCUCCUUGGUUCCUUCUCGGGUCGUCCCUCUCCAGACCCUCCUGGGAGACCCAUGUCCCUUGCUGGAAACACCUUGCAUCCCCUGCUUCAGAAUCUGUGAUCCUUUGACCCCACCCCCACUCAUAACAGAACCUGCCCCUGAUGACCUAAAGGAAGAUUACCGGGACAUGAACAUAGGCCCCAUGCCUGAUCUCGAGAUGCUGGGGAAGCCCCUGGACCAGGGCCUGCCCAUGGCCAUGAACCGAACGGGCCUGGUGUAUGACGCCAGGAUGAUGGAGCAUUUCAACAUGUGGGACAGCCACCACCCGGAGCGGCCCGAACGCAUCGCCCACAUAGCUCAGCGCCACCUGGAGCUCGGCCUGACGCCUCGCUGUGUUCCCCGCCCCCCCGCGCCCACCCGGCGCCAACUCCACAGCGAGGAGUACAUCGACCGGAUUCGGGCCACGAGCCGCCUGAAGCCCCGUGACCUGCACCGGGAGGGCGAGAAUUACAACUCCAUCUACCUGUCCUCCCAGUCCUUCGCCUGUGCCCAGCUGGCUGCUGGAGCCGCUUGCCGUUUAGUGGAGGCCAUCUUGACCGGGGAGGUGCACAACGGGUUGGCCAUUGUCCGCCCACCGGGCCACCACGCUGAGAGAGAUGCCGCCUGUGGUUUCUGCUUCUUCAAUUCCGUGGCCGUGGCCGCUCGCCACGCCCAGGACAUGGUUGGCCGAGCCCUUCGAAUCCUGAUUGUGGACUGGGACAUUCAUCACGGCAAUGGGACACAGCACAUAUUUGAGGAGGACCCGAGCGUGCUCUACGUGUCCCUGCACCGCUAUGACCACGGCACCUUCUUUCCCAUGGCCGAGGAUGCUGCUAGCAAAUGUGUGGGCCGGGGCCGGGGCGAGGGCUUCACCGUCAACGUGGCGUGGAACGGGCCCCGGCUCGGAGACUCCGACUACCUCAGUGCCAUGCACCAUAUCGUGAUGCCCAUCGCCUACGAGUUCAACCCGGAGCUGGUGCUGGUGUCUGCCGGUUUCGAUGCUGCUCGCGGGGACCCCCUGGGAGGCUGCCUGGUCUCCCCGGAGGGCUAUGCACACAUGACUCACCUGCUGAUGGGGCUGGCCGGAGGCCACGUGGCUCUGGUCCUCGAGGGUGGCUACAACCUAAGCUCCAUCUCAGACUCCAUGGCUGCUUGUACUCGGACCCUUCUGGGCGACCCGCCCCCGCUGUUCCCUUGGCUCCGGCCCCCGUUGCCCGGGACCUUCGUCACGCUGGCCGAGGUCGCCCAGGUCCACCAGAAGUACUGGCAGUGCCUUCGGCUUACUGUUGACACAGAGGAAGAAGAAGAGGAAGAGGAGACCUCCUUACAGCCGGCUGAGGAGGAGAGCGCCCUGAGGCAGAGGCCUCCCGAAGAGAGCCCCCCAGUGGUGUUGACCAUAGGACCAAAGCUAGAGGAACAGCCUCCGUCCCCCACGUCCGAGGAGACCCUGGGCCUGGAGUCCCUGCGGCUCGGGACCCACGUUUCUGGGGAGCCGGAGGCCGAGCCCACCGUUUCCAAAGAAGAGGACCAUGAGGAUCCUGGCCUGCUCGGGGAGGCGGCUGGGGGAGGGACCCCAAUGGUGGGGGAUGAAUUUGCUGCUGAGGGGACCGUGUUCUAUGCUGUGACCCCAUUGGCCUGGUGUCCACACCUGAUGACCGUGCGCUCGGUGCCCGAGGGGGGCCUGGACGCGACCCAGGCGUGCCAAGAUUGCGGCACCCACAUGGAGAACUGGCUCUGUCUGUCUUGCUAUCAGGUUCAUUGUGGACGCUACAUUCAGGCUCACAUGCUCCAACACCACGAGGCCUCGGGCCACCCAGUGGUCCUCAGCUACGCCGACCUGUCGGUCUGGUGUUACGCUUGCCAGGCCUAUGUGAACCAUGAGGUUCUGACGGAAGCCAAGAACACCGCGUACCUGUCCAAAUUUGGGGAGGAGAUGCCAGGGGUGCUGUGAUGGCCCAUUGCCCCACCACCUCCCUUAAGCUGUCAUCCCUCUGAAUUGUUGUUGUGAUUCCCGUGGCUCUCUAGCCAACACACUGGCCUCCCAAAAUAAAAUAAAGCAGAACCCUAAAAGCACCGGCA